UCAAACGAAAAAACCAUCCUGCUGCUUUCAGAAAUCCAGAGAGACCAAUGGGUAAUAGCUUCAUCUAACACUCUAGACCUAAUCCACGCACUCUAAAUAUGUGGGUCCUAAAAUUUGGAAAUGUACCAUUCAAGACUUUUUGCUGCCCAGCAAGAGAAUUAACUUAACAUUUAUUAUCUCAGGCCUGAAAUCCUCACCCUCCUUAUUGUCACUAAGAAGAAAACCAUGUUCACGAUAUCCCAUUGAGUAAUGUGAUAUAUAGCUUGAAUAAACUAGCUGGUUGACUAAACAAAGUCUCUCUUUCUAGAUAGUGCUACCUUACAAAAGAAACAUAUAUUUAGAUGGUGCAAAAAUCUCAAAUUUAAUACUUAAAGAAUGCCAUACAUGGCGGAAAAAAAAAUCUUUAUGGUCAUAACUUGAACUCAUCCAAAGUGGGGUCUCAAUAAUCUUCACGCCAAUCUUUUUUUUUUUUUCCUCAAUCUCCAUCCAUAGGCAUUUGGUCUUGAGUGGAUUCCUUCGACAUCCACAGCUUGUUUUCUGAAUUUUAUACUCUCACCUAUUUUUCUCAAAAUUCUAAGUUGACCAAAGAAAAGAAUGAAUAUUUCUCAAAAAAGAAGAAGGAAUUAAUGAAUACAAGCAAUUGGACAUGAAAAGGAAAUAUGCACAUUAAAUGUAUCUUCAAAAAAUCUCGACCAGGCUCUCUCUCUCUUUUGAACAAUUCACGUGGAUUCAACACACCCAAUAUUAGUCAAUUAACACUAGAUGACAGGAAGAAAGAGCUCAAUCAUUUUCCAACCAGCUAUUGCAGUUUAUGGAUUAGCUUCCCAACCAAUCCCAACCAGUGGUGAUGCUAACGCCCGAAAACAACGGGAAAUGGUACUAGCUUUUUGCAGGAUUGACAUGUGAGGCCAUAUGAUUAAAGCUGCGAAACCUUCUAAGCCAGGGGUUCAGCCUUCCCCACGCCAAGCCAAUUCCUGGACCAGGGGAGCCCAGUUACCACCAACACCCGUGAAAGCUAAUAAUCCCAUGAAGUCAAACAGCAAAACUUAGUCAAGACCCUCAGAAUAACCCUCCUCAGUUAGCCCCUUUCCAAUCACAGGAAGCUGAUGCAGCGAGGGAGAUUAGUCACAGAGUACAAGACUAAAGUUCCAUGAAACCAACGACAGUUAAAAAUGUCAUCCCGCUUCUCUCGUGUGGACUGUGGAAAAAGAGCCCCAAAUUAUGCUGCAUUUGGUCGGCUUUUGCUGCUAAUCGUUACAUCCUUAGCAUGACCCAGAAGGCCAACAUCCCAUCUUUCGAAAACACCCAUUCAUGCAUCCAUGGCGCCCACCACUACCAGAAUUGGCGCUGCAAAUCAUCCACAGUAUCUGAACUCUCAUAUAAUGGAUGAAGCCACCUUCCAGUACUAGCUCAAGUGAGGGUCCUCACGGGUGGCACUGCUGCAAUCAUCUGCCGACACAACCUGGCUUCACAUAAAUAAGUUGGUGGCCACGGACUUGAAGUCUGAAUUGCUCCAAGUAAGAUGAAUUGUCUUCCAGAUCACUCUUAUGAUCCAUUUUCAGCCCCCACCUAGGCUAACAUCGAGUCACAGGAAUAGAUAAGGACCCAAGGGCGAGGGCCCUGUGAUGCUCUUAAAAAGCAAAUUAAGUGGUAAUCUACAUGAAAAGCUCUUCUUACCUGUCAGUUCGGCAAGCUUAUACUCAUUCUUUGGGAAAAAUCAACGCACAUCCAUCAGAGAAGUAUCAAAUACCUCUCUUGGAAGGCAGAGAAUGAUACGGCAUAAUGAUCUCAGCCGUCUGAUCAAAGAUCAGACAGCCAGCCAAUAGCCACUAGAAAUAGGUCGCCACAUUCAUUCAACCAGUAGUUACAUCACUGCUAAAGCACAGCUUCGUGCUCGAAUUCACAUAUCCGCUGCUAGCAUUUUAAGUACAUGACUAAAAGAUCCAAUUCUGCCGUUUAUUUCAGGAUGCUCUUGCUCCUCAACACUAAGAACUCCUACCGGUGCAUGCCGAUUGCAUGUAAUUGAGAUAGCUAAACCUGAUAAGGGGGUCUCCUGGUUUACUUUUGCCCUUUUGAAGACAACACUUCAGUCAAUUCAGAUUACAUGCCCUUCUUGCUUCAGAGGCAUAUUGAUAAAAUCCCUCCCACCAGCCACACGCACUAAUGGAACUCCCACCACCACCUUCCUAGUAAUGCCGGUCCAAAAUCACCAGCAGUUGUUUCUGAAAAAAUUGAAUGUCUGCCACUUCCAGUACCUCCACAUAUCGAACACAUGCAGCCUGAAUUCUUUCUUGUUCCUUAUGACACAGCCAAAAGCAAAGGCCUGCCUUUAAUUUAUUUUCUUGCUGUAGACUUUUCUUUUGUUCAACUCAUUAUCUGCACUUUGCUGCCUCCAGUUGAUCACAUUCAGCUCAUAAGACAGAAAUACUAAUCGCCGCCACAUUCAGCAUAUAUUAGACAACUCCACCACCUUCAGUAUAUAUUAGACAACUCCACAACCCCUUACCCAUACAUAUCAGUCUUCAGAAGCAUCACACUAUAACCAUGUCCCUCUCUUAUGUAAAGUCCUGCUUACAGCGCUUCUGUCAUGAUGGAUUCCAAAUGGAAAAUGGUGUCUACAGCUUCUCCAGUGAUCUGCUGCCAUCUCUUGGAGCGACAAUAAACCAGUCUACCAAGCUGAGGAGAUAUACUGUUUCUCCUUAUGAUCCUCAUUACAGGUAUAUAAAAGUUAGUCACCCUAUGACUCCUAAAUCUCUCACACAUGAAGGAUGGAAGAACCAGCCAGCUUAUUUCAUUUUCUCCCUUCAUCUUUUCUUCAGAGUCUGGGAAAUAUUCCUGAUUCUCCUGGUUGUCUACUCGGCCUGGAUCUGCCCGUUUGAAUUUGCAUUUCUGAGACACUUGCCAGGCACACUCUGUCUUGUGGAUAACAUAGUAAACAUUUUUUUCGCAAUCGAUAUUGUCCUCACCUUCUUUGUUGCUUUCCUCGAUCGCAAAACUUAUCUUCUCGUUGAUGACCACAAGAGAAUUGCAGUCAGAAGCUACACUAGCUUCACACAAUCUGAACUCCACAGGUAUCUAUCAUCAUGGUUCAUCUUUGAUGUAUGCUCGACAGUUCCAUUUCAAUCAAUCAGCCUCCUCUUUAAUAAACAUGGCAGUGACCUAGCUUUUAAGCUACUCAAUAUGCUCCGACUCUGGCGCCUCCGUCGGGUCAGUUCACUGUUUGCAAGACUCGAGAAGGAUAUCCGGUUCAACUACUUCUGGACACGGUGCACAAAACUUGUCUCCGUCACACUUUAUGCGGUUCACUGUGCUGGAUGUUUUAACUACAUGAUUGCUGAUAGAUAUCCUGAUCCAAAGAGAACCUGGAUAGGUGCAGCGAUGCCAGACUUCAGGGAAGAAAGCCUGUGGAUUAGAUAUGUAACAGCAAUAUACUGGUCUAUUACAACACUAACAACAACUGGUUAUGGUGACUUACAUGCUGAGAACACGAGAGAGAUGUUAUUUGAUAUUUUCUACAUGCUGUUCAAUUUGGGACUGACAGCUUACCUCAUUGGAAACAUGACGAACCUUGUUGUUCACUGGACCAGCCGCACCAGAAACUUUAGGGAUACAAUCCAGGCUGCUUCUGAAUUUGCAGCAAGAAAUCAGUUGCCCCAGCACAUAGAGGAACAAAUGUUAUCUCACAUAUGCUUAAGGUUCAAGACAGAGGGGUUGAAACAACAGGAGACUCUGGAUAGUCUCCCAAAAGCUAUUCGUUCAAGCAUAGCCCACUACCUAUUCUUUCCCAUUGUUCAAAAGGUCUAUCUUUUCCAUGGAGUUUCCUUCGACUUCAUAUCUCUACUGGUUACAGAUAUGCAAGCUGAGUAUUUUCCACCCAAGGAAGACGUAAUACUGCAGAAUGAAGCUCCAUCAGAUCUCUAUAUACUGGUAUCAGGAGCAGUGGAUAUGAAAUCAUAUAUAGAUGGAACCGAACAAGUUCAUGGAAGGGCAACUGCAGGGGAAAUAUUUGGUGAGAUAGGAGUUCUAUGUGAGAGGCCACAACCAUUCACCUUUCAAACCACUGAACUUUCACAAAUUCUAAGGCUUAACAAGGCCGCAUUCAUGAAUAUUAUUCGAGAAAAAAAGGAAGAUGGAACUGUUAUCAUGAACAAUUUUUUCCAGAAGCUAAGACUACACAAAAGCUUAUGCACUGGAGUGCAGCGUGGGGAUCCAGGACUAGCCUUCAACAAAUGGCAGGACAGCGGGCCUGUGAGAGGAAGUGAGCAUCCCUCUACAUGGUACCAAGAUGAUUAUCAAGGUAGCAAACUAGCAAUGCUUGAACUGAUGGAUAUAGGGUCUAUAAUGUGCAAGGCAGCAGAAAACAAUGAUCCAGGCACAAUUCAUGAACUACUAAGGCUUGGGGCUAAUCCACAUUCAACAGAUGCAAAUGGACAAACAGCCCUCCAUGCAGCUGUUCAGAAGGGCCAUAGUGAAAUUAUUAAAAUCUUGCUUGAACAGGGAGCUAUUAUGGAAAAUCCUGAUGCCAAUAGGUGGACACCAAAGGCUCUGGGUGAGAAACAUGGAGAGAACGGUUCCAUUGACCUGUUAUCAAGUAAUGAAAAAAGCAGAACAAGACUUGCAAAAGACCACGAGAUCGAAUUUGUUGAAACGAGAGCAGCUACAAAUGGAAGUAUCGGUAACAACCAUGAUACCAGAGGAUGGUGUCCCUGCUUUCGAUACUCGCAGGUUGCUGACAUGAAGACAAUUUCUUGGGAAAAGAGUGGCAACCAUUUAGUUGACAGAAAUACCAUGAAAGCAACCAACAAAAGAGUCACCAUUUACAUGCAUUCUCAAAACACAAAAACAGCAAGAGAACCAAUUGGAAAGCUAAUAAAUUUACCUGACUCUCUGGAGGAGCUCCUCAGAAUUGGGGGUGAGAAGUUUGUCGGCUACCAUCCUACAAAAGUAGUCAACCAUGAGAAUGCAGAAAUAGAUGACAUUAGCACAGUUCGGGAUGGGGACCAUUUAUUUCUCCUUGAGAUCUGAGAAUAACUGAAGACUGCAAACAGUGAUGCGACCUAACUAUUGUUCAAAGGCUAUGGCAUAGCUGUAUCCAUAAGAAUGUAAGGUUUGAGCAAUGUAUGAUGAGUAAAGGAAAACUAUGCCAUAGUUUUUAAUGUUAUCAUAAAUAGUAACUAAAUUGUAAACUUGGGUAGUUCGAUAACCCUCUACCUGAUUCACAUUAAUCAAUUGCACCCGUUAGAAGAUAAACUUACGAAA